GAGAGAUAGAGAGAGAGAGAGAGGAGGCUGAGGCAGAGUAUGAGCAUCUCUGCUUGGCUUUCAAGCUGUCAGAGCACAGGCGGACGAAGAGAGAGAGAGAGAGAGUGAGGAAGACAGAACGAGAAGCAGCACCAACAGCAGCACGCCCAAAGCACAGGUUCUGACGAGCAGGGAUUUUAAGGAAAACAAACACUGAGCUGCGAAUCUCUUCAACCUGCAAGCGUUUCCUGCAAGGUUUAACCUUCACCACCUGCAGCCAUGAACUUCCUCAGACGACGCCUCUCCGACAGCAGCUUCAUCGCCAACCUCCCCAACGGCUACAUGACGGACCUCCAGAGGCCCGACCCACCUCCACCUCCUCCUCCCAGCGCUGCCUCCCAAGCUACUGCUUCUGGCCCAGCUCCAGCCCAAGGUGCUGCCACUGCUGCCAGGUCGCCCACCGCUGCCUCUCCAGGUCCAGAGCGUCGGCCCCAACCCGCCCAAUCCACCAGCUCAGGCUUCUUCAGCUCCAUCACCAACGUGGUCAAGCAAACGGCUGCAUCCGCAGGACUGGUGGAGCAGAGUCCGGCGGCAGUUGCCAAGAAGUUCAAGGUGCUCCUGGUCAUCGACGAGCCUCAGCAUGAAUGGGCCAAGCUGUUCCGUGGCAAGAAGGUCCAAGGAGAAUACGACAUUCGAGUGGAGCAGGCUGAAUUCUCUGAAAUCAACCUCGUGUCACACGCCAAUGGAACAUGCAGUGUGGACAUGCAGGUGAUCAGGAAUGGGACCAAAGUCGUCCGGUCCUUCAAGCCUGACUUUGUGUUGGUCCGACAGCAUGCGUUCAGCAUGGCCCAGAACGAGGACUUCCGCAAUAUGAUCAUUGGAUUGCAAUAUGCUGGAAUUCCUAGCGUGAAUUCACUGGAGUCUAUUUACAACCUCUGUGACAAGCCAUGGGCGUUUGCUCAACUGAUAAGCACCUAUAAGAAGCUAGGACCUGAGAAGUUCCCCCUUAUUGAGCAAACGUUCUACCCAAACUACAGGGACAUGAUUUCCAUGCCUACAUUCCCAGUGGUGGUGAAGAUCGGACAUGCUCACUCUGGAAUGGGGAAGGUUAAAAUUGACAAUCACAGCGACUUCCAAGAUAUUGCCAGUGUGGUUGCCAUCACUCAGACUUACACCACUACCGAAUCUUUCAUUGAUGCAAAGUACGACAUCAGGGUCCAGAAGAUCGGUAGCGACUACAAAGCUUAUAUGAGAACAUCCAUUUCUGGCAACUGGAAGUCAAACACCGGUUCUGCAAUGCUGGAGCAAGUAGCCAUGACUGAGAAGUACAAGCUGUGGGUUGAUGCCUGUUCAGAGAUUUUUGGAGGGCUGGAUAUCUGUGCAGUCAAAGCCAUACAUGGAAAGGAUGGGAAAGACUACAUCACUGAGGUGGUGGGUUCCUCCAUGCAGCUGAUUGGAGAGCACCAAGCAGAAGAUAGGCAGCUGAUAGCUGAGGUUGUCUUGGCCAAGAUGAACCAAGUGGCCACCCGCACACCCACUCGCUCUCCCCAGAGACCUCCAACUACUGUCCAGCAACCACAGAGCUUGACUUUAAAGGAAGGCCUGGCGGACCCCAACAGGGCUCCAUCACAGCGCGCCCCUCCUCAAGGGGCCCCAGUGAAAGCCCAAGAGUCCCAAGCUAAGAGUCAAGAAGCUCCAUCUGAGCCUGCCCCUAGCGCUCCUGCCCCGGAACCUGUGCCAAAGGCAGCUCCCGCCCCAACUCCUCCACCCACCACACAGCAGCCCAAGCCCCAAGGUCAGGCAACACCUGCACCAGCUCCAGGGAAGCCGACGGAACUGCCCCCCAAACCCCAGCCUCCAAAGCCUCUUCCCCCAAAGCCUGUACCUCCAGUGCGGCGAAACUCCAAGCCUCAGAUCCAACCAAAACCCCAGACCCCACCUCCAGCCAAGGCCCACCCUAAGGUCCAGUCUGAUGCCAUAGAUCAGGGUCAGGCCCAGACAGAUUUGGCUCCCACACAGGUACAAUCCCCUGCCAAAGCCCCUGCUAGGCCCCAGUCUCCUACCAAGGCCCAGUCCCCAGCUAAACCCCAGGUCCAACCCAAGCCUGUGCCUAAAGAGCAACCCCAGGUCGAAGCUCCAGCUCAGAGAGCGGCUCCAUCUGAAGCAACGCCCUCAGCUCCAGCUCCAUCUGCUGCCCCUGCUCAGGCUCCUGUAGAGGAACAGCCUGCACCUCAGCAGAAGUCUUCACACCCUUUCUUGAAUAAAUCCCAGUCACUGACCAAUGCCUUCAAUGCCUUCGGCGAGACCUUCCGCUCCAGCAACGAGGAUGAAGCCAAGGCGGAGACCAUCCGAAACUUGCGGAAGUCUUUUGCCAGCCUCUUCUCUGACUAACGACCCGUUUGUGGUUCCGAGGUCGGCCAUGGACUUGAUUUGACGAAAGUGUGUCCUGGUCUGAGGUUAACUCUAUGUAGCUGUAUACAUUGUACCCUCCUCCCAACUCUGCUGUAAAUGUCUGAAUGUCAAUAAGCAAGUGGAGAGUGACGUACAGUGAUUGUUCCCGGCAAGGUGUUGGUAUUUACAUUGUGUGAUUUGCACUGGUCUGAAACAUUGCCAUCUGGAAGAGGAAGAGGAGAAGGAAGAGGAGGAGGAGGGCAUUCGCGUUCAGAUGCAUGGUUCAGAGGAAACGGCAAUCGAGAGAAAAAGAGCCUGACGUGUGCUGAGAUCGUCCAUUAUCCCUUGAUGUUGUAGCCUUAUCGUGGAAGUGUUUAAUUUACCCAAAGACAAAUAUCUGUGAGUAGUUGACCCUCGUCCGUGUGUAUCUAGUUGAUCUGUUGUAACUAUUAGCCGACGAGACAUUAGUUCAACAUUACCUCGAUGAGACCUUUCUACAAGCACUUUCCUCUCCAAGAAUCCUACAGUAUGCAGUGCUUGGACUGGUCAGUCUCAAUGCAGUAGUGGCGUUUCUGUGGAAUGCCUGGUGUUCCGUGGUGUGGCUUGGGUCCGGCACAUAUCGACAUGUCGAGUUAUUCAUGAGUGCCAUGUAGUAUCCUUGCAUAUUGUAUUGUAUUGUAUGUUCAGCAUCUCAGGAGUUUAAGUUGUAAUUCAUUUCUUUCUGGCGCCAUGUUGUUCACGUUGCUGUUUUCUUCGGUUCACAGUAGUACUGCUUUGCAUGACCCGGCGACAGGUGUUUAUUUCUGUACAGGUGUCAAUAAAUAUGUGGCACUUCAUUCCACUGAUUUACUGGUGAACUA